AUGUCCAUCUUGAAGUUUCAUUGUCGCCUUCUGCGUUGUGUUUCCAGGUGCUUCACGGGCAUCACCAUCAGCUAUCCAGCCACAAAACAUGGCUAUACAAAAUUUGAGAAACUCGAGGACCCUCUGACAGGAUAUACCAACAUGAAAAGGACAAUCAUCCUCGAUCUUGAUGAAACGUUGGUUCACGCAACAACACAUCUUCCGGGAGUUAAACAUGAUUUCAUGGUGAUGGUGAAAAUGGAAAGGGAGAUAAUGCCAAUCUUUGUGGUGAAACGUCCUGGUGUGACUGAAUUCUUGGAAAGACUUGGUGAAAACUACAAAGUGGUAGUUUUCACAGCUGGUCUGGAAGAAUAUGCUUCACAGGUUUUGGACAAGCUAGACAAGAACGGUGUGAUCUCACAGCGGCUAUAUCGAGACUCAUGCACGGAGGUGAACGGGAAAUAUGUAAAGGACUUAUCUUUGGUAGUGGGGAAAGACCUCAGAAGUGCUUUGAUUGUCGAUGACAAUCCAUCUUCUUACUCAUUACAGCCAGAGAAUGGAGUGCCUAUAAAGGCUUUUGUGGAUGACCUGAAAGAUCAAGAACUGUUGAAUCUUGUGGAGUUUCUCGAAAGCUGUUACGCAUAUGAAGAUAUGAGGGAUGCAGUCACGGAUUUGCUCGCAAACUAG